UUCCUGCACAAGCAUACCCCAAAAUACAAUGAGCUGCAUUCAAGCUAAGGAGACAUUCUGAUCAUAUUUAGAACCAUCACAAGGGGAUGGGAAAACCGAUGCAUGGAGGUGAUGUGGCAAAUUUUAAAAGACUGAGCGGCCUUGCCUGAGCCUGUGAGCGGCUGACCUUGAGAAGCUAAACAUGGGCUACACGAUUCACUCCAGCUAGACGGUUUUAUGCAUUUCCCAUCCGCCAGACGGCCUUCUUAGCGGCGGACACUGAAGGAGCUGGCAAGAUGGAGGAAGGUCUUCUGUCCUUAAAGUGGAAUAACCACAAGUCUACGUUCUUCCAAGUUCUCUCGGGUUUGCGAGAAAAGCACACCUAUACCGAUGUCACGCUGGCCUGCGAUGGGCAGGUCUACCCAGCCCACAAGUUUGUGCUCUCAACGUGCAGUGAAUACUUUAGUGAAAUAUUUACCUCUACCACCGGCACCAGUAUAGUUAUUGUGCUGAAGGAUGUGCGGAGACAGGACCUUGAGUACCUAAUGGACUACAUGUACCUGGGUCAAGUGGACGUGGCUCAGUCAGAACUGCCCAGCCUUAUAAAAACCGCUGAGUGCCUUAGGAUUAAAGGGCUGGCCAUCCCUGAUGAUGAGCCUCACAAAACCCAGAGGAGGGGCGCUGAUGAGAGGGAGGGGAGUCCGCCUCCUUCUAAAAAGAAACGGUACCUGCAGGAGGAUGACAGACAUCCUGCCUCCUCCACCUCCACCACUAAUAACAAUAACACCACCACCAGCACCUCGUCAUCCUCGUCCUCCACCUCUGCAUCGGGUAGAAUACAGAUGGAGGUGCUGCCCCCACCAUCAGACCUCAGCUCCCUAGUGCAGCACCUCAGACAACCCUCACAUCCUCAGCAGCCUCUACAGGCACCCCCUCCACCUCCUCCAACCUCCCAGGGCAGCAGCAAGAGUCACUCUUCACAAUCACUCUCACUCAACCUCACCACACAGGCCUCCAGAACAUCCCAGGGAGGCAGUUCAGGUCCCCAUGUUCACACACCCACCUCUACCCCUGCACCAUCCUCUCACCGGCACCACUCCUCCCCCUCCCACACCACUCCUGUCCCUGUCAUAAAGGAGGAGGCAGCAGAUCCUCCUGAGACCCCUGAAGGUUACCUGAAUGAGAGCUUUGAGGAAAAUGAGACUAAACCUGACGUCUCUGAUGCGAGGCAUCUAGAUCCUGAUGGGGCUGUUCCUGGACCCUCAGGCCUUCAAGGGUCUGACAACUGGGACGGCGAUGGAGAGAUGGGUGGGUACGGGGCUGGUGAUGGCUACCCCGAAGGCAGCCUUGAAGAACACGGAGAGUCAGAAGUACAGGGGGUGGCGGACUUGGAGAGGAAGUACAAGUGCGCGUGGUGCGGGAAGGGAUUUAGACUCUCCGUCCAUCUGAAGGACCAUGUAAGGACACACACUGGGGAGAAGCCCUAUCAGUGCCAAAUUUGUCAGAAGGAUUUCACACAGCGCUCUAAUCUGAGGACCCAUCUCAGCAAGAUCCACAAAGAGCAGCUGGCCUACAUAAAAAAUAGAAAGAGCAGAGGUUCCAAAUUUUCUGUGAAACACGAAUUCUUGCCUAGCUUAGUUUCUGCUGGCAGUGGCAGCUGUGGCAGUGGUGGUGGUGGAGGCAGUGGAAGCGGAGGUGCUGGUGGCAGCAGCAGCAGUCUGCCUCACUCCCCCAUCGAGAUGAAGAAACUCAUGAUUGCAUCUGGUGACCCAAAGCCCAUCCUUCCCAAACCCCAAGGUACAGAGCCUUCUAUAAUGCCUUUCCUCUCCAAAGAGACUGUCAGUUUUUUACAAAAGGAUGAACUGACUGUAUUGUAUAAAGAUAAGACCCAGGUGAUGGAGAGCGAGCAGAGGGUCACUCAGCCCCAACUCAUCCUCCAACAGCCACACCACGACGGGGAGCCACAGGUCUUCCCUUCUGACAACACCACAGCUGAAUAUGAGGCCAAUUCUCCCACUAAGAAGGAUGCUGCCCCACAGCCUUUCCUAGGAGUGGAGACUGCACUCAAGUCCCCAUCCCCUCAGAAGGAGACCCUACUCAAGGCCCUGCUGCUCAAGGGUCCCUCGGGGGGGUCAUCAAACCCUAGUGAAGUUCCCCCGGCUGUGAUGCGGCAGAUUAUCCCUUCAUCUCUCUCCUCUUCCCUCACUUCAACUCUUGUGACCUCCCCAUUGUCUGCUGGCCAGACACCCUACUCUUUCUCACCCUCAGGAGCUGUGUCCUUGGCUUCCCCAAUAUUCAGUCCUGCUGAUGAAGUGCUUCACCCAAUAUUUGUGAUGGACUCUCCUGUAAUUAGAUGCUCAAAGGACAUGUCUGUCUCCCAGGGGGAUCUCCUCUCUCCAGGGAGGAAAGGGGAGUCAUUUGUGGUUAUAGAGGCCUCAGGGGUUGCCCCACAGGAGUCUGCCCCUGUUACUAUAGACUCUCAAGACCAGCCCCAGAUGACUGAUGAGAUGAGGAUCCUGUUACAGGCAGUACAGAUCAGGGUCUCCCAAGACCAGGGACAGCCGAGCACCCCAGGCAGUCCAGUGACUGUAAAGCCUACCACCACAGGUCCCGUCGCCUCCUCCGUCACCACUUCACCGCUGCCCGUCGUGAGUCACACCUUGGCAGUGCCCACCCCGUCGGGGCCACCACUUCCUCCCGAUGCAUCCAUUAGGCAACGCAUAUCCCGAGCAUCACAUGAUAAAGAUGCCACUAGGAAAAAAAAUCCAAGUCAUGUCUUGCCCUUGAAAAAGUCCAACCACUGCCCUGAACCUCCCAUUAAACAGAGCUACAAUAAAGACCACGAUCCAUAUCCCACACUCACUAAGGCUGCAUGUGAGAAGACAAAGCCCUUGCCUCUCCUGCGACACAUGCCCACAACACAGGUGCCCACAUCCUUGUCACAUCCACACCCUCAUGGCUCUCCACCUGUCCUAUCUUCUCCCAUCCCACCUCACACACAUGCUGCUACCCCAACACCAUCUCCACCACCUCUUCCUCCUCCUCUUCCACCACCACACCACCACCACCACCACUGCCACACCCUCCCUGCAGCCUCUUCAGCAGCAGCAUCCCCCACAACUUCCAGUGCCGCACCUGCCACCUCAUCAGACAGAAGACGGACAAGCGGCUUCCACUUACCCCCAAACAAAACAAUGUGUAAACUCAGUGACAAGCAGGAGAAAAUGAGCAGCUCCCGAGCAAGGGAGAGUCAUGGAGAAAAUGAAUCAGUGCCUGACCAUAAAUAAGUUAAACAGAAAAGUGGCUGAGACUCUCUCUCUCUCUCUCUCUCUCUCUCUCUCUCUCUCUCUCUCUCUCUCUCUCUCUCUCUCUCUCUCUCUUAAUGUGUUUAGUCUCAAGCCAAGCCAGUGAUGCAAUGCUGAAUUCAUGACUAUGGUGUAGGAAGAAUAAGAAUUGCAGACUUUUACCCUAUCUUGUGCCUUUCCUUCUCAUUUUCAAGCUGAUGCAGUGAAUGUGACAUAACUAAUAUAAUGAAUAGUAUUGUGUGUAUGUGCCUGUACAUAUGUGAGAGAGGGAAGCAUGUGUGUGUGCCUGUAUGAUGUAUACACUCUUGUAUACACAUAACCCUACAAAUGCUGUGAACUACAGAUAUAAAGGAAUUCAUCAGGCUUAGUAACUUUCCUGUUAUUAUUUUGUGCCUUAAAGUUUUCAUGGGGCAGGCUCUGUUAAUGCCUGCCUGUGGUGGGCUGGGCGGGUCUGGCUGCUGCCUGAGCCCCCACCAGCCCUGCUUCUCCAAGUCACUGAAUGCUUGCUGGUGAAAUUUCCAAGGCUUGGCUUUGUUGCUGUGUACGCUCGACGGUGGCGUUGCUCAUACACAUUUGUUGCCUGAGACCAGCCUUAUGACCCCCCUCAGACUUUUGAUCCUAUAUAACUUGAAUGCAUGACAAACAUUGUGCCAAGUACAGACAUAUCGGUCUAGAGACAAUUUGCAAAAGACUUACGUCAGUCUUUGCUCCAGUUAUCUUUUCUUUAUGCAAAUGAAUUAUACAUACAUAACACACUCAUACUCACACUGACCACAAAUAUUUGACGUUUUGUGCAUCUGUAUCUGUGAAUUUACUUAACUAGGAAUUCUUGAGUAUUCUGUUACCAUACGUUUUUUCCUUUUGCAGUUGAUGUUGAAAAGUUUUAAGUACCUCAGUUUCCCGUUGUUCUGUUAUGCCAGUUCUAUGCCUGAGCAGGUCAUUGUUGCAGCUUCUUUACUCUUUUGUGUAUAUUCUGUAUUCAUUGCUUCUGAAGCUAUGUGAUAAAUACCUGUUGUUUAUUGUAAAACAAUACUUAUAGUUAAUACAGUACCUAUAUAAAUAUAUAUAAAUAUAUAUAUAUAUACUAUAUAUAUCACUAUCAUGCAAUUACCACUUUAAUUAUGUGUAUGGGUAUUAUAUUUAUUUAAUAUUUUCAGUGUUCCCAUAUUUUUAUGGACAUAAAUAAAAUAGAUAUUCUGUACAAUCCUGUCUGAGUGAAAAUAAUAGGAAGGUAAAGCUUUCUAAAAUGCAAAGUAUAAAGCAAGGCAGUUUACUGGGUAACUACAUACAAUGAGUAAAUUAUUAAUGCUGCAGAAUAUCCAGCUAACCUCUUUCUAUAUGAAGUAACAUAGUAACCAAGAUAUUAUGCAUUAUGUUGGUUACCAUUGCUGCUAGACAGCUCCUGGAUGUAACCCAUAGAAGCAGGAUAGAAGCACAUGUUUUGGGUGGAUGGGGCAAGGGACAGGAUUGAUGAACCAUGACAGACAUUACUAAUACUGAGAGCUUCAAAUAACUGUGGCUCAAUCCAGUGUGUUCAUCUUUGUGGUUUUCAAGAGAUAAAUGAAUUUCCGAGGGUAAAUUUACUUAACCACCAGAAGGAAACAGUUACUUAAAAAGUGUUAGCUUUGCAAUUUAUUAGACAGUGGGGGGAUAUUAGACAUUAUCCCACUGCUUUUUGGGGCCAUUUAUCUCCUUUCUAAGCCAGUAGGUAGUGGCAACAUAAUAGGUCUCUCAGCUCAAAUAAUGUGUUCAUGGCCUAAUGUGCUCACUUUGUGUCUCCAUGCCUUGUAUAAUCUUUUGGACUUCUUUAUUGAGUUGCUGUCUAAUGUCGGUAUGAUUCUGGCUACCAUCAGAAUUCUCUCUCUCUCUCUCUCUCUCUCUCUCUCUCUCUCUCUCUCUCUCUCUCUCUCUCUCAUCCCCAGAUCAGGGUUAUCUUAUCUCAUUUUAACAAAUUAGCAUGAACACCAUUACUAAGCCAAAUAACAGUAAUUACAAGGAUAUAUCAGGGCAUACUCAAUAAAUUCAAACAGAUGUGUUGCUAGAGGAAAGUGAUUUGUAUGGAAUUAUGUUAGCUUCUAUUAAUAACAUGAUGCUUGUGUUUCAAAGUGCUGGAGCCACUAAUAACUACUUAAAGUGAUGGAAUUUGCUCAACAAAUGAACAAAUGAUAGCCAUCUGAUCACACAAGACAGCUUAUUGUUUGAAGUAUUUGCAACCUAAGGCAUUAUCCUCGCACCACUCAGUAUUAAUCAAGACAGGCAAAACAAUACAAGGCAGUAUGUAUGUGUUGCUAUCUUCUAUGCAUUAUAGAACUCCAAGAUUUGCAGAAAAAUUGCAGCUUGUCAAUUUUUUCUCAUCCCUAACCCCAAAAAGACAAAGAUGAAAACCAUGCUGACAAAAUUACUUAUAUUACCAAAUGCUGAGAAAGUGGGCUCUGAUUCCUGUUCUUUUAGGUUACUGAGGUACAAAUGUGGAUCUUUGAGCUCAGUUGGGGAAAACAAAAUUGAAUGCAACAAGGGAGGGGAGGCCAACCCAGCUUGCUACUUAUAAGCUUCUGGGAAGAAAGUAUGCACACACCACAGAUGGGAUCUCCACCCUCAGGUUUGAUGGCUGGUAUAGGAUGAAGCAAGGAGGAUAAUUAUUAAUCUUGAGGUAAUAAUAGGUAUGAAGAUGUGAUAAACACUACCAGCUUUACCUGGUGCAACAAGGAUCCAGAUAAUAACAGUUGAAUAAUUUACCUUGUAAUUGAUACCUGGUGAGCUAUCAUCUUUAAUCAUUUUCAUUUUUGUUAAUGUUUUUAGUAGUAAUAUUAGCUCAUGUGGUUAGCCCUUAAAGGAAAAGGCUUAUCAAUCACCAGCCUGAAGGAGUAGCACCAGCUCAGUGCCAUGUCCUGAAGGGUGGCGAUGCUCAGGUGUUGUGCCAAGUGUAAGCCUCUCCCCUAGACAGCUUGGCUCCCCUGCUGCGCUCCUCCAGUCAGUGCUCUGUCGCUGUACACAUGUUCCUAGCAUAUGUGGCUUACCGACACUUUGCUUUUCUCUCUUGAUUCUAGUAUGGGUAACUUUUUUAUUAUUAUUUUAUGGGUUUAUCAGGGCAAGAGACUUCACCAAGGAGCACUGGCAGAAACUUUUCUUAGCAGACAGUGGAAACUUGACAGACGGGUGGUGGUGAUGGUGGUGCAACACCACCUGUUGCCGUAGUGUUCUGUUAGUGUUCUGUUGAUUUCUUCAUAUAAUUGAUAUAUUUCAGUGUAAAUAGUAUAUACAUAGUAUGAAACUAUUGUGAUUCAAGUACUAUUGGAUGUCUAUAUCUAAUGGAAAUGAUGGUGGUGUUAGUCUGUAGACCAGUUAAUAAACUAAUAUUUGAA